AUAAUAUACGAAUGUAUACUGUACACAAUAAUAAUAAUAAUUAAAUAAUAAUAAAAAACGCGCACUUUAAUAUUUGUGUAUUGUAUACUUUCAGCACUCGCGUGUUUUGUACGCAUAUAAUAUAAUAAUAUAUUAAUAUUACAUUUACACGGGGCAAACGUUGUGCGUAAGAGCAACGAGAGGAACGUUCUCCGUGCGUGUGCGUGACGAUUGUAUAUUAUUGUAUUUCAUUCGAGUCGGAUCAACGGUAAUAUAUUAUCAUUAUAAGCGCCACAACAAUAUUGAAAAAUAUUAUGUCGGUAUAGUUUUCGCGUUGAACGAGAUUUCGGUUUUUUUUUUUCCAUUUCACGCGUCGAAACACUCGAAACGGUAUUGCAUGACGGACACAAACGCAUCUGUAAGAGAUAACCGAAUUCAACUGAGUGUUCACUUCCCGCAUUUGAAUCCGGUGAUGGUCGUUGGCCUUUGAUAAGUGAAAUUUGAAAAUUAAAAAACAAGAAAAAUGAUGGAACGCCUGGAAAACCUGACCGACCCGAGUCUGUGUCUUCAAGACUUGGUGUCGUCGACGGGUUCCGAUCACCAUAACGUUGCAUUACAACACGCGUCAUCGGCAUCGUUUCAUCAUCCCGUGCACGACGGCAGUGCCGGACUGCAUCAGGGCAUGCUCGGACACCACCACGUGCACCAUCAUGACAGCCAUCACCAUCAUCAUCAUACGGCGGUGCCGUGUCCGCCGUCACUGUUACACCACGAACCGUUGGAAAAGCUUAAGAGAGUGUGGGCAGAAACGGGAGACUUCCGUGAUAACAAUCAUCAUGGCCUUUCUACGGAUCAUACGUCACAGCUUAACUUUGGUUCAUCCAGGAGUAGGAACCGUGACAGAAAAGGGCGAGUGGACACGAUCGGUGCUACCGGUAUAAAAACCGAGGGUAUAGAUACGGGAGUUGGCGUGGUCACCGACGACGGCAAAGACGCAAACAUUAAAAAUAACAAAAACACGAAAAGACAGAGGAGACAAAGGACGCAUUUCACUUCGCAACAGCUCCAGGAACUAGAGGCCACCUUCACCAGGAACCGGUACCCGGACAUGAGCACCAGGGAAGAGAUAGCCAUGUGGACGAACCUCACCGAGGCCAGAGUCAGGGUAUGGUUCAAAAACCGGAGAGCAAAAUGGCGGAAACGCGAAAGAAACGCGAUGAACGCUGCCGCGGCUGCGGCCGUAGACUUUAAAAACGGGUUUGGAACGCAAUUUAACGGCCUCAUGCAACCAUUUACUGACACCGACUCGCUGUACAGUACAGCUUACACGUCAUACAACAAUUGGGCGACUAAGGUGCCGAGCCCGCUGGGAUCGAAGACGUUCCCGUGGUCGGUGAACCCACUGGGCACCGUGAACCAUCACCACCACCAGGCGCCGGUCAACUGCUUCAACGCGGCCACUUCGGCGGCCGGGUCCAUGUUGCCGACGCCCGCGCCACAGAACGGACCACCGUACUGCCCGCCCACGACGCCAUACUCGGUGUACCACCACCGGCCGGCCGAGCCGUGCAACGUCAUGUCCAGCAGCAUCGCCAGUCUCCGGCUCAAGGCCAAGCAACACGCGUCCGGCUUCGGCGGUUAUCAGCCCGCGGGUUCGCCGGGUUCGCUGCAACAGGCGCAGGCCAACGGCGGCAACCGGUCGUCGUCGUCGUCGUCGUGCCAGCAACAGUACGGCGGCGGACAGGGCGCGGGCGGCGGCGGCGGUGGCGGCGGAAAUUCCGGCAGCGAAGGCACCCGGACACCGGUCUGACGUGAAGAGCGGACCGGAGGGAGCG